CAUUGUUUGAAUUAGACUUCUCUAUUAAAGGGGAGGAUUAGAAAGGGUUUUUAUUAUUUGCUCAACAGUGCGCCUGGAAUAGCUGAUCUGUUCCUUCGUGCUGGUUUUUCACAGCCUUAAGCUUUGCAGAAGAUACAUUUUCUGCGAUUCGCACCCUCGCCUCUGCUCUCUUAAUAUUAUUUUCAACACAGGAAUUGUUUUUUCAAUAUCAAGAAAGAAAGUUGAAAUUUUUUAUUUUUUUUCACAAAUGGAAGGUGGCGGAGGUUCUGUUAGACGCAGUGUUGAAGAUGUUUUCAAGGAUUUUAAAGGACGACGAGCUGCUUUGAUCAAAGCCCUCACUACUGAGGUGGAGGACUUUUACAACCAGUGUGAUCCAGAUAAGGACAAUCUAUGUCUGUAUGGAUUGCCUAGUGAACAAUGGGAAGUGAAUCUACCUGCAGAAGAGGUGCCUCCUGAAAUACCUGAGCCAGCUUUAGGAAUCAACUUUGCAAGGGACGGGAUGCAGGAAAGGGAUUGGCUGUCUUUGGUUGCUGUACAUAGUGAUGCUUGGCUGUCUGCAGUUUCUGUCUAUUAUGGUGCAAGAUUUGGUUUUGACAGGAAUGACAGAAAGCGGCUAUUCAACUUGAUGAAUGAACUUCCAACAAUAUUUGAGGUUGUUACUGGAACUGCAAAGAAGCAAGUGAAGGAAAGAUCAACAGUAACCAACAACAGCAGUAGCAAAAGCAAGUCAGGAGGGAAGUCACAGCGAACAUCUGAUUCUCAACCGAAAAUGUCAAAGUUAGUACAACCCAAAGAUGAAGAGGAAGGCCAGGAUGAAGAAGAGGAUGAGGAGCAUGGGGAGACCCUUUGUGGAUCCUGCGGUGGAAUUUAUACAGCAGAAUCAUCUGAUUUUUGGAUUGCCUGUGAUGUUUGCGAGAAUUGGUUCCAUGGAAAAUGUGUGAAGAUUACCCCUGCAAGAGCUGAGCACAUUAAGCAUUACAAAUGUCCAUCCUGUAGUAAAAGAGCUAGAAUUUAAGAACAAGCUAAAGGUUAUAUCUAAUGUUUCUUAUAACAUUGUGGCUUCAGGUGCAAGAGUGUUUGCAGCCACUAGAAUGUGUACCUCACAAUCAAAAUUGGUGUCUAGGGCAGAUUGAGGCAUGAUGUGACCCUUGAGGUCAGAUAGAGACUAGUGCAACAUCUGUGCACAGUGAGCUAGAAGUUUGCUUGCUUUUUGAUUGUAAGAUAACAGAUUAUGAUAUUUAGAAGUUUUGUUAGCUGUUUAGGUGACGUUAGGCACAUUGUUUUUGAAACUUUGAGGUUAUAUCAGAAAAGUUAUCUGUAUGUAAUUGAACUAGAAUCUUGUUUGCUUGUACUAUUUUCUACACUCGUUGCAAGAAAUUUCCAGCCUUAAUCUGUUGAUUUUUUGCAUUCA